AUGGCCGGCGGAGGAGGAAACCCGCCACCAGAGAUUCAUGUAAGAGUCCACUCCCGGCGGGGCUUCAACAUGAUUCAUCCAGUGGAGAUUGAAUCGCCACCACCCACCGUCGCCGGAGCCGCUCCUGCUGCUAACGAAAGUCCAAACGCCGCUAUGUAUAGAGAAGUAAAGCAUUUUAAGAAAUGGUUCCCUUGGUUGGUACCUUCGUUUGUUUUGGCUAAUGUAGUGAUGUUUAUUAUCACUAUGUCGGUUAAUAAUUGCCCAAAAAAUUCUGUUUCUUGUGUCGCUGGUUUUUUGGGGAGGUUCUCAUUUCAGCCUUUCAAAGAAAAUCCCCUCCUCGGUCCAUCUUCUACUGCGUUAGAGAAGAUGGGUGCUUUAGACGUGGGUAAAGUGGUCCACAAACACCAAGGAUGGCGCCUUAUAACUUGUAUGUGGUUGCAUGGUGGAGUUUUUCACUUGCUGGCGAACAUGUUGAGUCUGUUAGUCAUUGGCAUUCGGCUUGAGCAGGAGUUUGGAUUUGUACGCAUUGGGUUGCUUUAUCUCAUUUCUGGACUUGGUGGGAGUUUGUUAUCUGCCCUCUUUAUUCAGUCAAAUAUAUCCGUCGGUGCUUCCGGUGCACUUUUUGGUUUACUCGGGGGAAUGCUUUCAGAACUCAUAACUAAUUGGACUAUAUAUGCCAACAAGGUAGCAGCAAUGGUGACCCUUGUGAUAAUUAUUGCUAUCAAUCUAUCAGUAGGCAUCCUACCACACGUGGACAACUUUGCUCAUCUCGGAGGAUUUUUAUCUGGUUUUCUUCUCGGGUUUGUAUUUCUAAUCCGCCCGCAGUUUGGAUGGGUUUACCAGCGAUAUGCUCCUGGAUAUUCUUUGACAUCAGCUAAACCUAAAUUUAAGACAUAUCAGUGCAUAUUGUGGAUCCUCUCGUUGAUCCUUCUGAUUGUAGGGUUCACUGUUGGCCUGGUUAUGCUUCUCCAUGGAGUUGAUUUGAAUGAUCACUGUUCGUGGUGUCAUUAUCUGAGUUGCGUACCUACUAAAAGGUGGAGCUGCAACACGCAGCCCGCCUCUUGUCAGUCUGUGCAAACGGGGAACCAAUAUACGCUAACAUGCUCGAGUAAUGGGAAAAGCAAGACGUAUUCCUUGCUAAAUCCGACUGCAAGGCAGAUUCAGGGGCUAUGUGCACAGCUCUGUUGA